CUUCUCUCGGAUUGUCCCGUCAUAGCACGGAUCGGGACACAACCAUGGUUAGCCUACAAUAUGUUUACUCGCUGGCAGAUUUAGAAGUGACACUUCAAUUUACAACUACGACUACUCUUCAUUGUACAAAUUAUUCUUAAUAAUUGAGUGUAUGUGAGAACCACGUCUACUAGGGGUACCCAGACCCGGGAGAAUGAACUCAUUUUGGGGAAAUGCAACUCAUGGACUGGACCCUGACAACCGCAUGUUUACUGUGGAAGGUUGUCCUAGCGGGGAGUCGCCGUUCCCUGUUGAUCUGAGUCCCAGGAAACUACUUCACUUGGCAAAGGACGCGCGGUGCAGCAGCCGGCCACCCCCGGAGGGCGCAGGGUCCGUGACCGUCUCAGAGUCGGAGAGAAGGGAUGGAAAAGGAAGCUUUUGCCAACAAUGUCAAAUGAAUGUGACAGAGCUGAAGAGGCAAGCGCUGGCCUUGACAGACCCAAGUUCACUAAAGGACCCUGGCUACGCAGCCUUCGUCUUCGACCAGCUCCAAGUGCCUGGGAGCCAUGAUGGAUGCUGCCAGGUGUGUUCUACUCCCCUCCACCAGCUGAGGCAGGAGGCCCUGCAGACAGUAGGCGCCCCAGCCCUGAUCCUGAGCCACAACAUGCCCGCUUUGCCAUCCACCACCCUCACUGGGCAGCCCCAUAGACUGACACACUCUUCCUCCAGUGCCUAUGUGAGGCAGCCCUCCAAAGCCCACCCCCAUGCCCACAAUGUCCUGCCCCUAGGGGAGAGGGGGCGCCGGGAGCUGGGCUGUCUGCAGGGCUCCUCUGUCUCUGCUGGGCCCAAGUCCAGUGUCCAGGUGAUGGUUGGGGGAGGGCAGCUGACCGGGACCCUGGGAUCGGUCACCAUCCAGGCCCAGCAGUACCUGGAAGGCAUGUGGAGCAUCUCCAGAGUCAACAACUUCCUCCCUCAGUCCAGCCCGGCACAAGGUCUGAUGGAGGAGGCAGAGAGGGACAUCCCUGGCCCUACCAUGGCCCCUGUCCCCAGCUCCCGCUGUAACCUAACACCCAGCCGACAGAAUAGCCCCGUCCAGCUGGGACAGUGUGCCGUCGGCCCCCCUGGCCCCACCUCCACUCAGAGCGCAUCUGCGGCGGCCUCCUUCUUCAUCAGGGCAGCUCAGAAGCUGAACCUCUCGUCUAAGCGGAAGAAGCACCAGUCUCCCUCCCUGCUGCAUUCCGGAGCCCAGCAGCCCUCCAUCUACCCCACCAACUUCAGUGGCACCCUGCAGCUCUCACCGCCCCCCGCCCCACCAUGCCUGCUUCACGCCAUCUCAAAGGUCAAGGAGAACCCCGGGAUGGGAAAGGUGAAAGUGAUGAUGCGUAUCUGCCCCUCCCUGGAGGCUCCUGAUUCGUCCGAGUCCAUGUCCUUCCUGAAGGUGGACCCCAGGAAGAAGCAGUUGACCCUUUACGACCCCUCAGUCAACGACCACACCAAUUCAGGGCACAGGAGAGCCACCGUGGCCAUCCCAAAGAUCUUUGCUUUCGACGCAGUGUUUACCCAAGAUGCCUCUCAAGCGGAGGUGUGCUCAGGGACGGUGUCUGAGGUCAUCCAGUCCGUGGUGAAUGGUGCGGACGGCUGCAUCUUCUGCUUCGGCCACGUCAGGCUCGGCAAGACGUUCACCAUGAUUGGCAAAGACUGCUCCACCCAGAGCCUGGGCAUUGUGCCCUGCGCCAUCUCCUGGCUCUUCAAGCUCAUCAAUGAGCGCAAGGAAAAGACGGGCACGCGUUUCUCUGUCCGCGUGUCUGCCGUGGAGAUCUGUGGGAAGGACGAGGCUCUGAAGGACCUCCUGUCUGAGGUGUCCAUAGGAAGCCUGCAGGAUGGACAGUCCCCAGGGGUCUACCUGCGUGAGGACCCCAUCUGUGGCACUCAACUCCAGAACCAGAGCGAGCUCCGCGCCCCCACGGCAGAGAAGGCAGCCUUCUUCCUGGAUGCAGCCAUCGCAGCACGCAGCACCAGCAGGCCAGACACAGAUGAAGAGGAGAGACGCAACUCUCACAUGCUGUUCACACUGCACAUCUACCAGUACCGCAUGGAGAAGAGCGGCAAGGGAGGCAUGUCGGGCGGACGGAGCAGGCUGCACCUUAUAGACCUGGGGAGCUGUGAGAAGGUGCUAAGUAAGAGCAGAGACGGAGGGGGAGGCCCAUGUCUGUCUCUCACCGCACUGGGCAAUGUUAUCAUGGCUUUAGCCAAUGGAGCCAAGCAUGUACCUUACAGGGACAGCAAACUGACGAUGCUGCUGAGAGAGUCGCUGGGGAACAUUAACUGCAGAACCACCAUGAUCGCCCACAUCUCUGACUCCUCUGCUAACUACGCUGACUCCCUCACCACCAUCCAGCUGGCCUCACGCAUCCACCGCAUGAGGAAGAAGAAGUCCAAGUAUGCAUCCAGCUCCUCUGGAGGGGAGAGUUCCUGCGAGGAGGGGAGGAUCCGUCGGCCGCCCCACCUCAGACCCUUCCACCCCCGGACGGUAGCCCUGGACCCGGACUUGCCCUCCCUGCUCAGCGACCCAGACUACUCUUCCAGCAGCGAGCAAUCCUGCGACACCGUCAUCUACGUGGGUCCGGGCGGCGCCGCCAUCUCUGAUAGGGAGCUGAGUGACAACGAGGGCCCCCCUGCCUUCGUUCCAAUCAUCCCCUCUCUGAACAGGAAGCGUUCUGGGAAAGAGGGCCCCCUGGACAGAGACCACUUCUUCAUGUGCAACACGUUUGCUGAGCUGCAGGAACGCCUGGAAUGUAUUGACGGCAGCGAGGAGCCUACAGCGUUCGUUGGAGAGGGUAGGGGAAGUCAGGCUAGCCCACAGAUAGACAGCAAGGCAAAGGAAGGCCCUGGCUCAGCUUCCCUAAAGACUUUAACUAAAGCCUCCUUCUCCCAGGAGAAUAUCUCACCCAAACUUCCUCCUAAAUCUGUAGCCACUCCGCCAUCCAGCAGCCCCCAGGUAAGCCCCUCAAAGUCUAAACUGGAACAUUCCAGAGGGGUUUCAGAGAGCGUGUGCAGAACGAGUGCUGAUGGUGAGAAGGUGAUGAUGUCAGAGAGCCGGGCUAGCCCAAUCGAACAGGAUGUGGCCACGGUGCCAGCCUCUGAGCCAGUGGUGCGGGAGAAGGUCUACUUCAAUAAGAAGCCCUUGCCCAAGCCUGCUCCCCCUCCCCCACAGCAGAGAGACUCACGCAGAGGCAACGGAGAGGCAGAGGAGAGGUCCACCACUAGAAUGCCGCCCGUGGGAAUGAGCCAUCAGACUGGGAAACGGGGGGAGUCUGGUAGAGUCCAGACCAGGGGACCAGUAGAAGUGUGCCAGCUACGCUCCACCCUGAGAGAGAGGUGCCUGGACAGGGACAUCCUCCGGGCUACGGUGACCCUGCAGCAGCCUGUAGAGCUGAACGGAGAGGAUGAGUUGGUGUUCACUGUGGUGGAGGAGCUGUCCAUCGGCAGCAUCAUAGACAACGGUCGGCCCUCCAGCAUCAUCAGCUUCAACAGCGACUGCUCCCUGCAGGCCCUGGCCUCCGGCUCCCGGCCCGUCAGCAUCAUCAGCAGCAUCAACGAUGAGUUUGACGCCUACACGUCAGCUGUGGGGAGUGAAGUCAACAUUGAGGUGCACACCCCCUUACAGGAUGACGCAUUUGUGUGUGUGGGCAGCAGGGGCUCGUCCAUCAGCUCCUGGCUCAGUGAGGUCAGCGUCUGUACUCUGGAGAGUGAAGGGGCCCACUCGGCAGACGUCUUCCUCCCACAGACUAAGCACAUCGGCCCAGAAGGCACCUUGUAUCUGGAUUCCCUGGGUAUGUUUCACUGUGAAUCAUCCCCAAGGGACACCAAGAACUCCCUGAAUGACAGCGGCUUUAGCUUUUCUGAACUGGACAGUGACAGCACAGCGUCUAGCAAACUGUCCCUGACAAAGUGCCCUCCGUCUCCCGACUUAACCAAAGGAUCCCUCAGAUUCCCAUUCAAAACAGCGAAAGUGAACUUUAUCAGUUCCUCUUUACAACCCUCCCAGGGCCCUUACAUAGUCCACUCCAGUCUUCCCAGGAAAAUUAAACCUACCUCAUCCAUCACCCAUAGUAACAGCAACAGCAGCAGUCAUGAACCACAGAGACAGGAAGUCAAGCAGGAGGACCCCUGGCAGCGCAUUGACAACCACUAUGAACCUCAGCUCCCAGUCCCCAGUGCCACUGCCACAAGCAAGCUCCCCAGAACCCCAGUGAGUGGCAUUCCCUGCCGAAAAGCUGGUGUUUUCAACAGCAACAGCGUACCUCGCCAGCCCACGGUGCAGGGCUCUACCUCAGCCCAGAGGGUGGUGGACGGCUGUGAGAAGUCGCCCAGCAAGAAAGCAGGGUCCCCCAGCAAGAUGCCUCAGCUCAGACGAGGGGCCACCACCCUAGGCACUGUGCCUGUCAUCCAUGCCUCCCCGGAGACCAAGGUCACCACCCAGGACAUCACAGCUACAACCAACAGUCUCAAGUUUUCCUCUCUGGGGAAAAAUGGGAAGACCAAUGGGCAGAAAGCCAGCAUGCUCCCCAAACCUGGUGGUAACUCACCUCCCCUCCCCCCAGUGCGCAAAUCCAGUCUGGAUCAGAAGAACAAGACCCUGCUGCACCAAAGUGCCUUAAAGUCUGCGUAUGGAGAAGCAGGGAGGUCCUUACUCACCAGGGGGACAGUGUCAGAGGAUGAGCUAGAGGUCCGCUGCAGAGGAGACUCCAACAGCCUCAAAACAUCCAGCCUCAAGGGUGACUACACCUCGGCCAAAGCCACAUCCAGCCUGAAGGCCAGAGGGGAUGCUGGACAGAAGCAUUACAGCAGUCAGACGUCUCUGGAGAGAUGUGACAGCAUGUCCAUGGUGGGCUCCAAACCCACCCUCAGCCGAGAGAACAGUGGGGCCAGCCUGGGCAGCAGCAUAUCCAGCAGGCCAAUUCCCAGAUUUGGUUUACCCAUCUCAAGCAGCUCUGCCAUUGCUACCUCCCCACCUUCCCCACGUUGCACCACAGGUGCUCUAGGUAAACCUGGGCAGGUCAAAGGUAGUGUUAACCCCAGAGCGUUAGGAGCGGUCAAUGGAAGUAAGGCCCGUUUAUUGUCAGCGAGCAACUCUAAAGGCCUGAACUCCUCCACCAAGUCCCUGGCAGCUCCAGCCACCAGGAACAUAAAUGCCAACCUCCCCCCAACUGGUAAGACCUCUGCCCCUCGGGCCACCGCAGCCGUCAACAGCAAGCCUGGCCGGGGCACCAUCAUGGGCACCAGGCAGGCCAUGCGGGCAGCCAACAGCCGGGUCAGUGAACUGGCAUCAGGCAGCACAUCAGGCAAACACCUGAGGGGCUCAGGGGACUCUGAUAGUGGUAAUGACAGUGGGGUGAACCUGAGUGAUGACAAGUCCCCUGUGGCCAUGCUGCCCUCCCCCUACAGUAAGAUCACAGCCCCCAGGAGGCCGCAGCGCUACAGCAGUGGACACGGCAGUGACAACAGCAGUGUUCUGAGUGGAGAGUUGCCCCCAGCCAUGGGCCGAACAGCCCUCUUCUACCACAGCGGGGGCAGCAGUGGUUAUGAGAGCAUGAUCCGUGACAGUGAGGCCACAGGCAGUGCAUCCUCUGCACACGACUCCAUGAGCGAGAGUGGGAUGUCUUCCUCAGGCCGCCCCAGGACCUCAAAGUCCCCGAAGAAACGCAAUGGGCUCCAGCGACGGCGACUCAUCCCGGCCCCCCUGCCAGACACCUCAUCCCUGGGGAAGAAGACUGGCACAGCUGGCCAGUGGGUGGAUCUGCCGCCCAUGUCAGGAGCACUAAAGGAGCCCUUUGAGAUUAAGGUGUAUGAGAUUGAUGAUGUGGAACGGCUCCAGAGGAGGCGUCAGGAGGACUCAGCCGAGCCAUUCCUAGAUGUUGAGAAGGGGCUGCUGUACUUCAACAGUAAGCUGAAGGUUCUGGAGCGGCGGCAGCAGCAGAUCAGGGAGCUGAAGGUUAAACACGAGACACUGAAGGAAGAGCUAGAGGACACCAAGACCCGGUUGAUGAUGGACCCUUGCAAGUGGAUAGGAGAGUUUGAGGUGGACCAGGAUUUGGACAAGGAGUCCCAGGAGUACCUGGAGGCCCUGAGUCAGGUCACAGAGGAGCUGGAUUUCUGUGUCAACAUAUGCAAGUCACGUGUCAUGAUGGUGACGUGCUUCGACAUCAGUGUGGCAUCACUGCCUGACACUCAAGAGGGACUUCGAGAAGUGGAAGUCUGAGAAGGUGCGAAAUGAGAGAUGGAGAAUCCAGAAAGUGAGAAAGGAAUGAUGAUGAAAUGUAGCAGCCAGUUCAUAUUGCUGGAAUGAAGUGACAAGAAAAACUAAAAGACAAAAGAUGAGACAAACAGGAUGAGGGUCUUUGCAUGAAGACAGAGGAGAUCUGAACCGACUUAUCUACAGUGCCUCGUUGUUCUGGACAUGUUCUUGUUGGAAUGGGAGAGAAACGUGUGCACAGACAACAACGGUGUCUGUGUUUCCUGCAUGAUGAGAGAGAGGCCAUCAUUUACCCAAGAGUCAUUCAACGACAACCAGAAGUGCCUUUUUCACUCAACUUAUUUUGAGUCAUAAUUUUUUGUAUGGUGCUAGUAUCAUAACCAGCAUACCUAAGCAAACCCUGAACAUAUUCCUUUUAAGAAAUAAUAAUUUUAUAUUGCAUUGUAUAGUGUAUUUAUAUGAUUAUGUGUGUAAAAAUAUAAUUUGUAGGUAAAAAAAAAUGUAAGAAGAAAAAGGAAGAGCAAUAAGCUAAUGUUAUUGCGUUCCCAAACUUUGCCUUUUCUCAUGUUUCAAACCAACCUCAGUCAGCAUUUUUCCCAUUUAUCCAGCCUCUUUGCGCCUUAUGUUAUCUUUCUUGUUCUGUAGUUUUUCUACCUUUUUAAACCAGGUCUGUGUUAUCUUGUCAAGGACUUGGUUUGCUGUUAUCACUCAACCACUGCCAGCGGAGCUGUGAAAGCUAGCAGGGUUGAGUAAAUGUUUCCUCCCUCCAGUUGCCUUGAUCCCAAAGGGCCCCAGUGGAGGUGCUGAGAUGGGUGAUGGUGGAGGUGUAGAAAAGGGGAGAGGAAAGUAUGUGGAGCUGAGCUAUGUUUGCCCCUUGUUUAUUUAAUAGAAAAUUUGGCAAUGGCAGAGCAUAUCAUACACCAUACAGGGCUGCUCCCAACAGGCUGUGUGUACGCCAUGAUUCAUGGGUGUGACAGUAAGCUCUCUCUGGUGCUCUGUGUUAGGGGUGUCCAGAGUCCAGUGCGCACUGACGAGGCAUAGUGGUGCUUGUCAGUGCGUACAUUUUUAUCCCUAGAUGAGCCUCAACUAGGUUCUACUGACACGAACAAAAGGGCAUAGAUGAGAUGCCACAAGCAAAGGUAAUUCUACGGCUCGUGUUGUACUCUUUUUACUGGUGCCAAGCCUUGGUUCUAUGCAUUCCAACAUUCUCACUCCCACUAUAAAAACCUCAUACACUAUAUAUACAAAAGUAUGUGGACACUCCUUCAGAUUAGUGGAUUCGGCUAUUUCAGCUACACCUGUGGUGUAUAAAAGUGAGCACACAGUCAUGCAAUGUCAAUAGACAAACAUUGGCAGUAGAAUGGCCUUACUGAAGAGCUCAGUGACUUUUAACAUGGCACCGUCAUAGGAUGCCACCUUUUAAACAAGUCAGUUAGUCAACUUUCUGCCCUGCUAGAGCUGCCCCGGUUAACUGUAAGUGCUGUUAUUGUGAAGUGGAAACGUCUGGAAGCAACAAUAGCCCAGCCGCGAAGUGGUAGGCCACACAAGCUCACAGAACGGGACCACCGAGUGCUGAAGUGUGUAAAAAUCCUCUGUCCUCGGUUGCAACACUCACUACCGAGUUCCAAACUACCUCUGGAAGCAAUGUCAGCACAAGAACUGUUCGUCUGGAACUUCAUGAAACGGGUUUUCAUUGGCCGAGCAGCCGCACACAAGCCAAAGAUCACCAUGGGCAAUGCCAAGCGUCAGCUGAAGUGGUGUAAAGCUCGCUGCCAUUGGACUCUGGAGCAGUGGAAACGCGUUCUCUGGCGUGAUGAAUCACGCAUCACAAUCUGGCAGUCCGACUGAAGGAUUUGGGUUUGGCGGAUGCCAGGAGAACACUACCUGCCCGAAUGCAAGGUGCCAACUGUAAAGUUUGGUAGAGGAGGAAUAAUGGUCUAGGGCUGUUUUUCAUAGUUCGGCCUAUGCGCCUUAGUUACAGUGAAGGGACAUCUUAACGCUACAGUAUACAAUGACAUUCUAAACAAUUCUGUGCUUCCAACUUUGUGGCAACAGUUUGGGGAAGACCCUUUCCUGUUUCAGCAUGACAACGCGCCCGUGAACAAAGCGAAGUCCAUACAGAAAUGGUUUGUUGAGAUUGGUGUGGAAGAACUUGACUGGCCUGAACAGAGCCCUGUUCUCAACCCCAAUCGAACACUUUUGGAAUGAAUUGGAACGUCGACUGGGAGCCAGGCCGAAUCGCCCAACCACAGUGCUGAACCUCACUAAUGCUCUUGUGGCUGAAUGGAAGCAAGUCCCCGCAACAAUUUUCCAACAUCUAGUGGAAAGCCUUCCCAGAAGAGUGGAGGCUGUUAUGGCAGCAAAAAGGGGGGGCAACUCCAUAUUAAUCGUCAUGAUUUUAGAAUAAAAUAUUCGACAAGCAGCUGUCCACAUACUUUUGGUCAUGUAGUGUAAAUCAACAGCACUGACAGUUUGCAAUGACUCAGAACCCUCCCUUAGAUCUGCUUCAAAGCUACAUAUAUAUAACACUUCUCUCCAACAUUCUAUUUUCUUUGCAAAUUUAACCUGAUGUCUCAAUCAAAGACUAGGAUAGGCUCUAAGAGUAAUGUCCUAACUAAAGUCCACGAGAAACCAGUUUAUACAUGCAAUGAAGCAACUUCAGAUGUUGAUGUUGUAUGGCAAAUAAAAUCAAUCAACCAAUUGUAUGUAGUGGCCAGAAUGUGUGUGUCUGAAUUACUUCUCUUAAAACGGUGAGAACAAAGAUGAUUGACUGAUUUUAGUUAUCUACUAAGAAACUAGCUUUUGUUGUAUUUUGGUGUUUGAUUUUUAACUAAAAUAUUAAUUUGUUUUCUUUCAAAGAUACUCUCAGGCCCUUUCUGAAGAUGCUGCAUGAGAUUUUAUUGAUUUCUAAGAAUGAUUUCUAUUCCAUUUUUACCAUUUUGAUUUUUAUAUAGCCUCUGCUCUCCCUAAUGUGGGGUUUGUUUCAUGAAUUAAAUUACUAUUACCAAACCGAAACAUUUCAAGAAAGUUUAAGUAUGUCAUAUUUCAUAUAAAAACCCAUAUUUUCUAAUGUCCUUGGUUUUGUAUAGGAUUUUCUGACCUUGUGUAUAAAUGUAUGAUAUGGCAGCUCGUGUUGAGUUUUAUCUGUGAAUAAAUUAGGUUUCUUCUUAUUGCUGACA